AUGGCGCCGACCGAAGCAGCAGCAACCAAGCGGCCGGCGGAGGAGCACCACGAGCCCGCCGUGAAGCGCGUCCGCUUCGCGUGCUCGGUAUCCUCCAAUGAAGCGACCUCACUCGCUAUCGUUGAAGCGCAGACGCUCGAGUGGUUCGCCCCCAAGUUCACGUACCACGCGUUCGGUACCGAUGAAGCUGUCGAUGGCUACGAAGGCCUCAAGAUGUCGGUCGUUUUCAAUGGAUUCGACUUCCGCGCGCUGCUGGACGUCAAGUUCAAGGAGAAAGCGGACACGGCAGUGGAUGUCGUUGCAAAGUUGAAGCCAUCGCUGCCGGAAGGCUUCGUCCAGGAUAAAGACGAGUUUGUUGCGGAUCUGCGCAAGGCAGCGGCCGAGUUCGCCGGCCCGCCCGGCAAGCGCAUCGAGACAUAUACUACCAAAGCUCGGGUAAAAGAGGGCGAGGAAAUACAAGCAGAUCGAUACUUUGAGAUCUAUGAAUGCAAGCUGGAGGACAACGAGCCAGCCCAGAAGCUUCUCGCCAACUUGCAGACGCUGUCGCUGUGGUUCGUCGAAGGAGCGGAUGCUGUAGACGUCGCGGACCCGAGGUGGAUUGUCUAUCUGCUGUAUGAACGUGCGGAGGCAGGGAGUGGGGCGUUCCGUCCUGUGGGGUUCAUCACUGUCUUCAAGUUCUUCAACCCGCUCGGACGCAAAGCCGCAUACUGUAAACCCGCCCAAAAUGAGACGCACCGCAUUUGCCAAGCUCUCAUCUUCCCUACGUACCAGCGUCAAGGGCACGCCGAGCGUCUGGUGCACUGCAUCCACACGCAAGCUGUUGGAAACGAUCAUGUUUACGAGCUCACAGUAGAGGACCCCGUGCCCGCUUUCUCGAGUCUACGCGACCUCGUGGACCUGAAGAACUGCGUCAAGCACGGCUUCUUCUCCUUGGCACCGGAGGACAGCGCAGACGCUGGUGGCACUGGGCGCGGGGCGCUAGCGCUGACGACCGCCGACAUCCACGCCGUGCAGGAGAAGCUCAAGCUCACGCAGAAGCAGGUGCAGACCUGCUACGAGGCGCGCAAGCUCGCGUUCGUGGACCCGAGCGACGAGGCGCAGCUCAAGAAAUUUCGGCUCGAGGUGAAGAAGCGGCUGUUCCGCCUGCACACGGAGGAAUUGGACGGCAUGGGCAGCGCCGAGCGGCGGAAGGCCUUCCUCGAGGCCGAGUAUCAGCGUCUGGCAGCGCACUACGAGCAGAUGGCUGCAAAAAUUGGUCUCGCCAAAAAUUAG